AUGUCUAUACUCGAAAAAAAGUCUGCGGUGACCGUAGAGCUGGACGCCCUGACUCAAGGCUCGAUACCAUUUACGACGUUGGAAGAGGCUUUCGGGCCCGAGAGUCUUGGCAUAAUCGUUGUCAAAGGUCUCCCAGAGAGAUUUCAAAGUUUGCGUCUACGAUUACUGUCAUAUUCUAGUUACCUGGCAAAUCUACCGGAGCAGAGCUUGAAACAGCUAGAGUCGCCCGACUCGCACUACCUCGUCGGAUGGUCACUUGGGAAAGAGAAAUUGAAGGACGGAGCAUAUGAUACUUUCAAAGGAUCUUACUACGUUAAUUGCGCGCCAUCGUUCUCGCAAGGAGAUACACAAACGUCACUGGCAACCAGGUACCCGACAUUUCCUGAGUACACUGCACCAAACGUCUGGCCAUCUGAAGACACUCUCCCUGGCUUUCGUGAAAGCUUCGAAGAACUGUGUACUUUAAUCAUCGAUGUCGCUGUAUUAGUUGCGCGUGCUUGUGAUCGAUAUGCAGAGAAAAAUAUCGAUGGCUACAAACCGGGCUACCUGGAGCACGUCGUGAACAGUAGUGUCAGCACAAAAGCCAGGCUUUUGCAUUACUUUCCUCCUCCGUCUGCCGACAAUAACAAAUCCGCCGACGAAGACGACUGGUGCGCAACUCAUGUUGAUCACGGCUGUCUGACCGGUCUGACCAGCGCCAUGUUCAUCGAUGAGGAUGCUUCAGUCCCUACGCUUUUAAGAGGCCUUUCUGAACUAAAUGAUAGGUCGCAUGUACCAAAAGACCUCACCGAACUCGCCCAAUCUCCUGAUCCGCAAGCUGGGCUCUAUAUCCAUUCGCGUAGCGGAGCUGUGACAAAAGUCGCGAUACCGAGAGACUGCCUUGCAUUCCAAACCGGAGAAGCACUGGAAAUCAUCACGAAAGGCAAAUUCAAAGCCGUCCCGCACUUUGUCCGAGGCGCCAAAGCGACUAAACAUACAGGCAGGGUGGCACGGAAUACUCUGGCAGUAUUCACACAGCCAAAUCUAUGGGAAAUGAUUGAUGAGAAGCGAAGUUUCGCAGAAUUUGCUAGAGAGAUUGUAGAAAGAAAUCACUGAUGUAGACGAUUUCAUGAUUGUUGCAGCUACCACAAUGUAUAUUAAUAUAGGUAACCACAACCUACAACAGUGGUGGGCGCAAGCACCCUUCGCUCUCUUAAUUAUAGCCUACCCGGAACCCUCCUAACCCGAUCCUAACCCGUACCCUCCUAAGAGGCUUCUUGAGGGUAGCUACGUAGGUGUGAGACCGAGAUUCUAAGCUAGGCUACUAAGAGACCUGGUGCUAGGUCUAAUCGUGGCUUUCGAGAAAAUGGGGAUGCUCGAUAUACUCCGGUGAUAAGAAAUGCUGACAGUACUGGGCCAGGGCCGCCAGACCUUAUUAUACAACAAAUACGCGGAUGGCCACUUUUUGUGCCUGAGGUGCACCCGCACUUCUUGGCUGUCUAC